CACAGCAUCUCUCCCAAUGCAAAGAGUCUCGGAAAUACGGGGAACACUGUUGCAGUCGCGGUGCACCAGAGCCGGUGAGCACCAAGACCGCCUUUGGUAGCAGGAAUCAGAUGCUGAAGAUGCUUACACAUUGCAUCUAGGAUUUCGCGUGAAAUCAGCGUUGGUAGCCGGGAAACCGGAUUAUCUCGCGUCAAAUACGUUUAAACGAAAAUAGAAUGUUAGUUAGACAAAAAGAGGGGAUUAAAAGGUCAUAGAAGUGUACAGAAUUUUUUAUUUUUUCCUCCUCUUAUGCUGUGAUGGGAGAAACGGGCUGUCGUUUCCAAACAAGAAAUUCAACGUACAAAUUCAACUAGACUUCAUUGACGUACACGUUUAGUUAAUAGAGCGACGCACGUACGCAAAUCUACACUUCUGAAAUCGUGUCCUAUGAAUGUCUCUCUGAUGUAGGGGUGUUGUGAGGAGAAGACGUGAAACAUUUCUUGCUAUUUUAUGCUCGGACAACUUGUGGUUUAUUCGGAGACGCUAUAUAUGAAAGGAUGCAGUUUACGCUGAUGGAAUUGCGCUGACAACAACUGAGAAAACGAGGAAAUACCAUAGAUCUCAGUAUACACAAACCGUCGAAUUCUGCCUGCUGCUCAUUCUCAGGGUCGCGGGGGGCUGGAGCCUAUCCCAGCUAACAUUGGGCGAAAGGCGGGGGACACCCUGGACAGGUCGCCAGUCAAUCACAGGAUCAGCGAUCAUCUGCAUGACCUCUGUGACUGACCCCAUGAGACAGGCCCAGGGAGAUGGAACGUAACAGACUUUUCACCUUUAGUCUCUGCUGCAUUUCAACAACAACCCACCAGGGCUGAGCACGACAUAAGCCACUCGUCCACCCCAACCCUUCCACAGUUCCCCCAUUCCUUUCCUCCCUUCUCUUGUUCCCUCUUCCUGAAAGACACCCAAACAAACCAACAGGUUCACUUGUUCUUCUUCUUUGUUGUUUCCUUUGUCCUUCACCUGACACAAAGCAAAGAGGAAAUUAAUAAACCAGUGGAGUGAAGAGAGAAAGAAAGAACGAGACAGUCAUGUAUUCUCCCCAUGCCUGUAAACGUGACUUGGGCCAUACCCACAAGUCAGAGGCCACCCACACAAUCUCCAUCCUUUGGCUGGCACUCUGGAUAACACUGGCAGCAUGCCAACAUAUUGAUCCUGGCAUCAAGUAUCCCACUGUCACCACAAACUACGGCAAGUUGCGUGGUAUAAAAAAAGAGCUCAACAACGAGAUCUUGGGUCCUGUGGAACAGUAUCUGGGUAUCCCGUACGCCACAGCGCCAAUCGGAGACCGUCGUUUCCAGCCACCUGAAGCUCCUGGGUCCUGGCAGGAAGUGCGGAACGCCACGCAGUUCACCCCUGUGUGUCCGCAGAGUGUGCAUGGUGUUUUGCCCGAGAUCAUGCUGCCUGUCUGGUUUACCGACAGUCUGGAUGUAGCAGCCACAUACAUUCAGAAUCAGAGUGAAGACUGCCUCUACCUCAAUGUAUAUGUGCCCACAGAGGACGGUCCACUCACAAAAAAACUUGAUGAGUCAACACUGAACCGGCCACGAGAUGAAGACAUCCGUGACCGUAGGAAGAAACCUGUCAUGCUUUUCAUUCAUGGUGGAUCAUAUAUGGAAGGAACCGGAAACAUGUUUGAUGCCAGCGUGCUCGCAGCGUACGGCAACGUCAUUGUGGUCACCAUGAACUACAGACUAGGAGUUCUGGGUUUCCUUAGCACAGGAGAUCAGUCUGCUAAAGGAAACUAUGGUCUGUUGGAUCAAAUCCAGGCACUGCGUUGGCUGAAUGAGAAUAUUGGACACUUCGGUGGUGACCCUGAGCGAAUCACUGUCUUUGGUUCUGGGGCUGGAGCGUCAUGUGUCAACCUUCUCAUCCUGUCGCACCACUCUGAGGGGCUGUUUCAGAGAGCCAUAGCUCAGAGUGGUUCAGCCAUCUCUAGCUGGUCCAUUAACUAUCAGCCCUUGAAGUACACCAAGAUUCUGGCCCGUAAAGUGGGAUGCACGUAUGGGGAGACUGCGGACCUUGUGGACUGUCUUCGCAGGAAAAACUUCAGAGACCUGGUGGAUCAGGACAUCCAGCCGGCCCGCUACCACAUUGCGUUUGGACCUGUGGUGGACGGAGACGUUGUGCCAGAUGACCCUGAGAUCCUCAUGCAGCAGGGGGAGUUCUUGAACUAUGACCUGCUUAUUGGUGUAAAUCAAGGUGAGGGGCUGAAAUUUGUGGAUGAUGGGGGCUCUGAGAGUGAAGAGGGGAUUUCAGCGGCAGCAUUUGACUACACCAUCUCUAAUUUUGUUGACAACCUCUAUGGAUACCCUGAAGGUAAAGACAUCCUGAGGGAGACUAUUAAAUUCAUGUACACAGAUUGGGCAGACAGAGACAAUGGAGAAAUGCGGCGGAAGACUCUCCUCGCAUUAUUCACUGAUCAUCAGUGGGUGGCUCCAGCAGUCGCUACUGCCAAGCUUCAUGCGGAGUACCAGUCUCCUGUUUACUUCUACACAUUCUAUCACCACUGCCAAACAGAAACACGACCUGAAUGGGCAGAUGCGGCACACGGAGACGAGAUUCCAUAUGUGUUUGGUGUACCUAUGAUUGGAGCAACUGACCUCUUCCCUUGCAACUUUUCCAAAAAUGAUGUCAUGCUUAGUGCUGUGGUUAUGACCUACUGGACCAACUUUGCCAAGACCGGGGAUCCAAACUUGCCUGUUCCUCAGGACACCAAGUUCAUCCACACAAAGCCCAAUCGCUUUGAGGAAGUGAUCUGGACAAAGUUCAACUCUAAGGACAAGCAGUAUCUGCACAUUGGCCUUAAGCCUCGCAUCCGUGACAACUACCGAGCAAACAAAGUUGCCUUCUGGCUGGAACUUGUUCCUCACCUCCACAACCUCCACGAGGAGUUCCCAAGCCCCACCACAACCCGGCUGCCUCCAGGGACAGCUCGUACCCCACACUGGAAGGUCCAAGGACCCCGCACAACACGUCAACCUUUCCCUACCUUCCCUUCAGAAACAGAGCCAGAUGGCUCAGAGCAGCCAAGAUUUUCACCUUUCCCAAGCGAAACCAGGGACUACUCCACUGAACUAAGCGCGACAGUAGCAAUUGGCGCAUCACUCCUGUUCCUGAACAUCCUGGCCUUCGCCGCUCUUUACUACAAACGUGAUAAACGGCAUGAGAUGCGAAGGCAUCGGUUGUCCCCGCAACGAGGCGUAACGACUAAUGACUUAGCACACAGCCAGGAGGAGGAGAUCAUGUCCCUGCAAAUGAAGCACUCGGAGCACGACGCACACCAUGACAUGGAGCCGUUGCGACCGCAUGAUAUUCUACGACCCGCAUGCCCACCCGACUACACGUUGGCCCUAAGGCGGGCCCCUGACGAUGUGCCACUCAUGACCCCCAAUACCAUCACCAUGAUCCCUAGUACCAUCACCGGCAUGCAACCGUUGCAUGCCUUCAACACCUUUCCCACAACCAUAGGCCACAACAACACCCUCCCCCACCCACACUCCACCACCCGUGUAUAGUACCAUCCCCAAGACGAGAGGACAAGCUCUCACACAUAUCCAGUUUUCUCUCUCUGUCCACCUUUCGAGCUCUUUAACCUAAAAAGCUCUUGGCUUCAGUACCAAGGUAGCAACAGUACAUCUUGUUGGUGUUCUCAUAGACAAAAAUCAGAGAAUUGCUAAGCGUUGUACACACUAGAGGAGCUUUGUUUACUAACUCUACAGUGAGCAACAAGUUUGGCUGGCGGUGACUAAUCCCCUUACCGGAUUUCUGCUUGCUGUUUAUUUUUUAACAAUGUCCUUAAAUAAAUGAGGCAGUGACUGGUUGAUAAUUGACUAAGGUCAUCUGAUGUCAUGAGUGGAAAUUAGAACUUUUUCCCACUUUUUUCUCUCGCUAAAGUGGCAGAGUGCAGAUCUGUGCAUCUCUUUAUCUACUUUAACUCGUCCAUUUCUUUGUUAUUCCAUUACAUUGUUGUCACUACCAAAUUAUUUAUCUUCCCUGUGAGCACUGUUUGAAUGUGAUCUGUAAACUUGGAUUCUGUUUACACAAAUUGUAGGAAGACAAAACAUGGAUAUGUUGUUUUAAACCUGCAGUCUUGUGACAAGAAUUAAAUCAUACCUUGUAAUAAGAGACAGAGAGAAUAAGUGAAAAUGAGAACCUCUGACAAAAGUGCCAACCUAAUCUCUCUCUAUCUAUCUCUCUCUCUCUCCCUCUCCAUGUCAUUUUAUCACACAUUUGAUUGGCUAUGUGUUAUUUCUUAGAAAGAUUUUUGUAUGUAUAGAUAUAUAGACAAAUAUAUAAAAGAAUGAAAUAUAUAUUUACAUGGUUUGCCUGGUAGGAUCUAUGCAUGAAAUAUUUUUAAAGCAACAAAUAUGACAUCAUAGUUGUGAGAGCUAUCAGUCGACCAAUGGCAGUGGUAGUGAUGCACAUGUAAUGUACUAGUGAACUACCAGAGCGAUCUUUGAUGAUCAGGUCAGUUUAUUGUCAGAUACUUAGAAACCACAAAUGGCAAAUGCACAUGUAGCUUUUUUACAUCUCUCUCUCUCUCUCUCUCUCUCUCUCUCUCUCUCUCUAUAUAUUUGCUCUUUGUUGAACACCAUUAUUUGAUAUUCGAAGGCCCAAAUAAUAAGCAGCUUUUGUGUACACAUGGUAAAUGUCUUUUCUAGCUAGUGUGUCUCUUGCCAUCUGUGUUAACAUGAGUGUGUGAAUUAAGCUGUAUGUCAACAGUCUUUUGCAAUAGUAUGUGUCAGAGAGAGAGAGAGGUACAAGAGAAAGUCAAUGACUCCACCAGCUGCUUAUUGUAAAAAUUCCCUUGUUAUUUAUCUCUUUCUCUGGCCCCCCUCUCAUUCAUACUGUUACAACCUAGAUAUAUGCCAUUGUACAUGUAAAAUUGUUUGUAUGGGGUUCUGUAAGUCCAUUGUGAGAGGCUGGAAGAUUAUAAGCACCUCAUAUAUUUCAGUUUGAGGUGUUUGACCACAUUUCUCCAUAUCACACAUCUGUCUGCAUGGAAAACCUGACUUUCUGGUUUACGACAAGCACAGCAAAGAGAAAGUCAGGGAUUGUGGUUAAACAGUUUCUAGUUAAAUUUCUUCCAAUCAAAAUCACCAGACAAAACAUUAACUAUGUGAUUAACAUGAUCACUUCUCUUCAUGCCUGGUUUGUCUCACUUUUAUGUCUCUGCUAUGUGUAACGGUAGGAUGAGGGUGUGUCAGGAAAUGUGUGUCUCGCUAUCGGUUCAGCUGUCUGAGAUAUCCAGAACAUUUCUCUGUCAUACACAGAACCAAUAUGAUGGAGCAAAAACUUAGCCACUAUGCUGCACAAUAUACUAUAACAUGAAGAAACUAUUUGCAUUGCUGAGCAAGUAUACUGGAGGUUCAGUAUGCCAUGCAAAGUGAACAUUUUCUGCAGUAAUGGACUAAAAACUCAGUGGAGCAACAAUAAACAAGGGGGAAGACUGCACAAACAACAGCUACUAUGAUAAAUUUGUUUUGAGGUCUGAGAGUAUAGUUUGAACCUGUGGAUAUGUAUCAUUUGUGGACUUUUAUGUGGUUGUAGGUAUAACUGACCUCCAUUUUAAACAAGCUGAGGACUUGAUUAUAGCUGCGUACAAAAAACAGCCUCAGUUCUAAUAAUCAAUACUGAUUUAAGGGAUGAGUUCAGGAUGUUUUGUUAUUUUUCUUGCUUGUUUUUGUACACUCAGCCACUAGAGUGUGAUGUUGUGGUGCAUACAGAAUAAAGACUCGACAUCCAUAAUGAGCCAUUCAUUGGGUCUUCAGUAGGCGUACAGUGAGAGAAAGAACCAUUGAAUUUAACUGUACAUUUUUAGUGUAAGAACAUAACAGCAGAAAAUAUUUGUAAAUGUUGAGUUACCUGUUUGUUUGAUGUUUUGUUUUUGUUUUAUUUUAUUUUUUUCUGGUCAAAUGAAAUAUGAAAUACUUUGUGAUCAGGACAACAGGUGCAAGUUGUAAUUCUGCCACCAGCAAAAUUGACAAAUCUCAUUCACAAGAGGUUAAAUUCUCUUUCUGCUGCUUCAUUUAGUUUUGGAUCUGUGGAUGGAGAUGAUUUAUUGCUCUUGCAUUUAAGCAUAAAAAUAUCAUGUAGCAUAUCUAUGUCACUUGAAUCAUCACAGCUAGUCAUAUUUCUGCACAAGUAUGAUUAACCGGAAUUUCAGAUACAGUAUAAAACCUGCUAGUUCUUAUAAAAUGUUUGAUAUGGAGAUGGACAAUGACCUAUAUUUUAUUUAGGCAGAGGAAACACUAGAAACUAUGGUAGAUAUGAGAAGUAUCUUUGCUGACAUGAACUCACUGUAGCAUUAAAUUCUUACCAAAAGACACUAGACGCCUUUGUGAAAUAACUAAUAUUAUGUAUAACUAAUAAAUAACUAUAAAUAAAAUGAAUAAAUGUAUACAUUUAUGGUCACAUUUUACACUACACAAGUACAUUUAAUACAUUUUGAAUGAAUUUGUGAAAUAAUGGCAUAAUAAAGAUGGAAUUAAGAGUGCAAGAGGAUCUCAGUAUGUCUGGCGGUUUAAAGAUAACCGAAUAAAUGAAGCACAUGUUUUGAAAAUAGAAAAUACAAUUUGACUGUGACCUAAAGCAAAUUUACACCUGUUGCCCUGUUUUACUCUAUGUUCAGAAUCAGAAAGCCACACUUUAGAUGAAGAAUAAACAUGUUAAUAAAUGAUUUUUAAAAAGAAAAGGUAAAAAUAUAUGAAUAAGGUGAUUUCUCUUAAUUUAGAAAUUAUAAUACACUGUAUACUGUGACUCUGAUCUGGGGAAUAUUAAAGAAAUUCAU